GCGUUGCCAAGGUGACCCGGGCGCGGGAAGGCGGCUCCGGCUCGCGCGGGCCGGGCCGGGCGGCGGCGGCGGCGGCAUCAUGAGCGGCCGGAAGCGCAGCUUCACCUUCGGGGCCUACGGCGGGGUGGACAAGUCCUUCACCUCUCGCCGGAGUGUAUGGAGGAGUGAUGGGCAGAACCAGCACUUCCCUCAGGCGCUAGACCUGUCACGAGUGAACUUAGUUCCCUCCUAUACUCCUUCACUCUACCCUAAGAACACAGAUCUAUUUGAGAUGAUUGAGAAGAUGCAGGGAAGCAGGAUGGAUGAACAACGCUGCUCCUUCCCGCCGCCCCUCAAAACAGAGGAGGACUACAUUCCCUACCCGAGCGUGCACGAGGUCUUGGGGCGAGAAGGACCCUUUCCCCUCAUCCUGCUGCCCCAGUUUGGGGGCUACUGGAUUGAGGGCACCAACCACGAAAUCACCAGCAUCCCCGAGACAGAGCCACUGCAGUCGCCCACGACCAAGGUGAAGCUUGAGUGCAACCCCACAGCCCGCAUCUACCGGAAGCACUUUCUCGGCAAGGAGCAUUUCAAUUACUACUCACUGGACACUGCCCUCGGCCACCUUGUCUUCUCACUCAAGUACGAUGUCAUCGGGGACCAAGAGCACCUGCGGCUGCUGCUCAGGACCAAGUGCCGGACAUACCAUGAUGUCAUCCCCAUCUCCUGCCUCACCGAGUUCCCUAAUGUUGUCCAGAUGGCAAAGUUGGUGUGUGAAGACGUCAACGUGGAUCGGUUCUAUCCUGUGCUCUACCCCAAGGCUUCCCGGCUCAUCGUCACCUUUGACGAGCAUGUCAUCAGCAAUAACUUCAAGUUUGGCGUCAUUUAUCAGAAGCUUGGGCAGACCUCCGAGGAAGAACUCUUCAGCACCAAUGAGGAAAGUCCCGCCUUCGUGGAGUUCCUUGAAUUUCUUGGCCAGAAGGUCAAACUGCAGGACUUUAAGGGGUUCCGAGGAGGCCUGGACGUGACCCACGGGCAGACGGGGACCGAAUCUGUGUACUGCAACUUCCGCAACAAGGAGAUCAUGUUUCACGUGUCCACCAAGCUGCCCUACACAGAAGGGGACGCCCAGCAGUUGCAGCGGAAGCGGCACAUCGGGAACGACAUCGUGGCUGUGGUCUUCCAGGAUGAGAACACUCCUUUUGUGCCCGACAUGAUCGCGUCCAACUUCCUACACGCCUACGUAGUGGUACAGGCUGAGGGCGGGGGCCCUGAUGGGCCCCUCUACAAGGUCUCUGUCACUGCAAGAGAUGAUGUGCCCUUCUUCGGACCCCCCCUCCCGGAUCCCGCCGUGUUCAGGAAGGGGCCUGAGUUCCAGGAAUUUUUGCUGACAAAGCUGAUCAAUGCUGAAUAUGCCUGCUACAAGGCAGAGAAGUUUGCCAAACUGGAGGAGCGGACGCGGGCCGCCCUCCUGGAGACGCUCUAUGAGGAACUACACAUCCACAGCCAGUCCAUGAUGGGCUUGGGCGGCGACGAGGACAAGAUGGAGAAUGGCAGUGGGGGCGGCGGCUUCUUUGAGUCUUUCAAGCGGGUCAUCCGGAGCCGCAGCCAGUCCAUGGAUGCCAUGGGGCUGAGCAACAAGAAGCCCAACACCGUGUCCACCAGCCACAGCGGGAGCUUCGCGCCCAACAACCCCGACCUGGCCAAGGCGGCUGGAAUAUCAUUGCUUAUUCCUGGGAAAAGUGCGAGUAGAUUCGGACGCCGGGGCAGUGCCAUAGGCAUAGGAACCGUGGAAGAGGUUGUCGUCCGCGGGGCCGCCGGCUCUGGAGGCUGCCUGCACGCGCUGUUCUCUGCUCGCUCUCAGGACGGAGGCCAUAUUGGGGACGUUGCCCCUCUGCCCCCGGGACAGGCCCCAGGGCGUGCGGGAUGGAGUGGCGGCAGCUCCGAUGGCACUCAGCACCUGCUUUGGGGCCUGUCACUGAUUGUCCCUGGGAAGAGCCCCACGAGGAAGAAGUCGGGCCCGUUCGGCUCCCGCCGCAGCAGCGCCAUUGGCAUCGAGAACAUACAGGAGGUGCAGGAGAAGAGGGAGAGCCCUCCGGCUGGUCAGAAGACCCCAGACAGCGGGCACGUCUCACAGGAGCCCAAGUCGGAGAACUCAUCCACUCAGAGCUCCCCAGAGAUGCCCACGACCAAGAACAGAGCGGAGACCGCAGCGCAGAGAGCAGAGGCGCUCAAGGACUUCUCCCGCUCCUCGUCCAGUGCCAGCAGCUUCGCCAGCGUGGUGGAGGAGACGGAGGGCGUGGACGGAGAGGACACAGGCCUGGAGAGCGUGUCGUCCUCAGGAACACCCCACAAGCGGGACUCCUUCAUCUAUAGCACGUGGCUGGAGGACAGUGUCAGCACCACUAGUGGGGGCAGCUCCCCAGGCCCCUCUCGAUCACCCCACCCAGACGCCGGCAAGUUGGGGGACCCUGCGUGUCCCGAGAUCAAGAUCCAGCUGGAAGCAUCUGAGCAGCACAUGCCCCAGCUGGGCUGUUAGCUGGGCCACCCCUCUGAAGGUGAAACUGAGCAGAUGAGGCCACAGAAGCACAAGGGGAAGGUGCCGUGUCAAGCCCAGGCAGACGAGACCUCUGCCCUGAAGACCAACACCAGCCCGUGGGCUGCCCCCUGCCUCCCCACCCUCCCCAUGGUCCACCCAUCUGGGCUGUCUCUGCAGGGCAGAGCCGUCCAGACCUGGGAUCAGGGAAGCUGCUGGCAUCGUUCCCACCCACAGCCUGGGGGCCCGGACUGGGGCAGGGAUUGCUCAGUGGAAGCAGGACCGGGGGCCUGGCUCUCCCACUCCCUGGGCCUCCAUCACCCCUGAGCAUCCCUCUGGACUCAGAGGGAACAAGGUGGGAGAGAGGGUUUGAGACAGCUCCGUGUGGAGAGCUUACCCCCUGGAGGCAGCACGAGGUGGAUGUGAUAUGUGGGGGAGUGAGCACUGGGUUGGGAGCCGCGUCCUGGUUUCCGAUUUGGGUUCUGCUGUGUGACUCUGGGCAAGUCACUCUCCCUCUCUGGGUGUGUCUGCUACAAAGGGACAAGAUUAUUUCAGAGGUCACUGAAAACUGUGAUUACAUGCACCUGCCCUAGAAGGUGGGCUUUUCUUCCCAGGGACCUCCCAUCACCCUACCCUGCUUCUUGAGGUCCCUGGAGCCCCAGGUGGGCUGAGGGGCAGGGAGCUGGCUGUGCCCAGUGUGCCUCCUGGACCCUCCAGUUCUGCCACAGGUCUGCCGAUGCCCUGUCCACUGCCUACACAUGACAGACAAGUGACCCCCUCAUGGGGGAUGGGAACCUACCUGGCUCCUCAGCCAGCACCCAGCUUAACCCCUGCCAUCCCAUGCUGGGCCCUCCAGGCCAAGAGUCUCAGCUGGCCGAGAGUCCAGGCCUUGCCUCCCCCAACCGCCAUGGAGGGGGCAGUCCGGCACAGCUGCUGGGAGCCCUUUUGUGUCUGGUCACACUUUUUAGGCGCCACGCCAAAGGCCAGCCUCCUGGCCCCAAUACCCAUUUUGGAAGCCCCUGUGGCCGUGUGGAUGUCGGUAACAGUUGUAUAAAAUAAAUUCUAUUUAUCGCUAUUGUA